AUGACUAGUCAAAUCAACGAUACCAUGGUUCUACCAGAGGAGAUUGAUCCAGAGAUUCAGUCAUUCUCUGAGGAGAUCAUGAAUACACUUUCACACACCAUUGGAUUGUUCCUUUGUAUACCCGCCGUUUUCUUUUUGAUUUCAGUUGCCAGAAUGCGUGGAACUCGUUGGCAUGUCAUUUCUUGUUCAAUAUAUGGUAUCUCUUUGAUGACAAUGUAUUUCUGUUCAUCAUUAUAUCACUCUGUUGGAGUAUUUAUACAUUUAGAAAAAUAUAGAUUGUUUUUUAAGGAUCUCGACCACUGCGCCAUCUACUUGCUCAUCGCAGGACUAAAGUUGUUGGUGUCCGGUGGACUCGCCUACACCAGUGGCGUUGGAUUCCUCGUCUGGGAGACCACACCUUUCAACCAUGCCAUCUGGCAUCUCUUUGUUGGUGCAGGAUCGAUCCUCCACUACUUUUGUAUUUUAGAAUGUAUCAUUCCUUCACGCAAAGACGGACCACCCUCUGUUAUCAUCGACAAUAUCGAAUUCGCUGAGAAACAAAUCAGCAUGGCUUUCUUUGGAAGUCGUGGACGUCGUCAAAAGUUCAUUGUUAAAUAUAUGCAUACUUUAUAUCGUGUUUUAAUUGGUUGGGCUUUUAAGACUACAAAAGUACAAUAA